AGGUAUAUAAAAGAGGUGGACCUCCCGAUAAAACGUCGAAGACGCGCUUGACGUAGCACGGCAAAUACGAAACGCUUUGGCGAGGCCUCAUCGACCAAAAGGAGACGAAGGGGAUCAGAAGGAGAAGAAGAGGAAGAAGAUCGGUCUGAGAGAACGUGGUUCAAUUUUGCCCCCCGUCCACACCUACCUUAUAAGUAUAAAAAGAUGUCGCAACCCGAACAGAGUAACAGUAUGUCCUACGAGAAGGAGAUGUCGACGUCAAAGAGCAGCUCCCUUUUACGCCUUAAUCAAGAAGUUCGGGAGUGGCCCGAUCACGAUACAGAUUCCGAGAUAAGCGAAAAUGACUUCGUUACAAAAGGUGCUUUCUUACUCACUCCGAGUCACGAAUUGAGCAUGGAUAAGGCCGCCACCAUUUGCGAGAAGAUGAAUUUCCGCGGUGCUUUUUCUUUAACAAAAACGGCAACUGGUAUACUAUUCAAAUUCAGUAGCAUCGACGAUUUUAACGCAGUGUUCAAAAAAGGAUUUCACAAAGUAACCGGAGCACGUUUUUACAAAAAGCUACCAAAUGAACGAAUGAAGGUAGCGAUACCGUGUCGACCCGCUAAAAUCUUCACCGUCUACGUACUCGACGUUCCGGAAGAAGUUCCCGAGGACGACAUAAGACAUGCUCUUUACAAGUACCGAUCGAUCGUCGAAGUCACGAGACUCCCCCUGAACACCGGAAACGUCAUGAAAGCCAUAAACGACAAGAUAAAAAGUGAGACGCAAAAUUCGAACGAGGCGCCGACCAUCUACACCGGUCCACCGAUAAUAAGAGUGACUUUGGCGAACGUCGACGAAACUUCGAUGCUUCUAAGUCGCGGUUUAGAUUUUUACGGCGCGACUUACUUCCCAACGGAAACGCCAAAUCCUUCGGCUCAACCGCUGAGCAAAUACAGGAACAACAGAUGGGCAGACAUGGCGGCUCCCGGUACCGGUCAACGCGUCAGAGAUCUACUUCCAGUUUUCGACAACGCCGGAUUCAACAAACUACCACCUCCGACAAGUCGUACGAUCAAACCGCCCAGGAAUUAGUUUUAAAAACAACAAAAAAAAACAAUCAAAAGAACGGGAACAUGUGAAAAAAAAGGAGAGAAGAAAUAGAACCACUUACGUGUGUCACUCACUCCACCGCUAGACACAUACCCGCUUACGCAUACGUUACGCACACGUAAUAAUUUGAUCCACACAAAAUAUGGAAGAGAGAUCGAGAAAAAAUAAAAUAAAUCUAACCCAAAAACAGAUCUCUGAUCAUCCGCGCGAUACGGAACGCGAUGUUGAAAUAGAAGCCAAAAAAAGGAGAAAAAAAGGAAAAAGAGAAAGACACCAACGUAAGAAUUCAGUCGCGUAUCUCGGUGGGAAAGAACAAAUGUUUGGAGUGUUUUAUCAUCGGAAUGAACGGAGAAAGAAGAGUAAAAAGAAGAGACGGACAGAAAAAAAGAGCUUCGUCCGGACAAUAAUUCCGGUGACAGCUGCUGAUUUCCGUCGUCUACAGAGACAUUGAUGCAUCAAUCGGGAAUGAAUGUUUUUUCUGACGGUUGUUUGUGCGUUACGA